CCAACGCGACGCGUUGCGCUAACGUCGGCUAGCUGCCGAUCGACCGGACCCCCACCCUGCAUCCUGCACGCCAGACACGUCCUUGCAUGCAUGCGUCAAACGUCGAAACGACGAACUGCACCCAGCGGCUCAGCCCGAAACAUGCCGCAGCUCUGAACUCUUUGUUAGGACGUCUCGCCUUUAUCUUUCCCUGUUUCGCAUCCACUUUCACAGUCGUUGCUCACGACUUGCCGAUCCUGGGUUCGCUAGGGUAUCCUCAGGUGUCGCUGGGUUCCCUGGGGCUCGCCAUACGAUGGAUAUCGACGAUCUCCUCGCUGAAGUGGCUGUCGACGGGACGCCGCAGGAGACACGUGACUUGCAGGAGUUAACGAGGUGUUGGGUAGCGGAGCGCGUAGCGCCUGAGCUUCUGCCAUGGCCGAGCGAGCUUAUGGAGAGGGUGUUGGACAGGAUACGGAGGCAGAUUGAACUCGUCGAAGACCAAACGGGGAAUAUGGAUCCAAAGACGAAUUUCAAGUUGAUUGUCAUUCAGACCGAGGUGGAGCGGUUCAAGUUUCUGGUUAGAAGUUUCUUGAGAGCAAGAAUAAAGAAGAUCGAUGCCCACCCCCUCCACACUCUCAAUCUCCACACAGCCUCCAUCGACACCUUCCAACCCUUGCUCUCGCCAUCCGAACACCAAUACCUCACCUCCCACCAGUCCCUCCUCUCAACACACUACUCAACCUCCUUCCUCAGCCAGUUCCCUGCCUCGCUACAGCGGUUAGACGAUACGACUGGAGGGAUUAGUAUGGUGGACAAGCCGGACGAGGACAAAGCGGUUUUCGUGAGGGUGUUGAGAGACGUGGGAGAAGUCUGGGUGGACGGGACAGAGAAGAGAUUCCAGAUGAAGAGGGGGGAUGUUUGGGUUGUGAGGUGGAGUGCCAUCAGACAGUGGGUGGGGACGGGGGACUGCGAGUUGAUAUAGAAGUCAGGAGAGGGAUGUCGUUAUGGAUAGAAUUGGCAUAUCCUGAGGACAAGAUAGGAAGAUAUGAAUUCAUUUAUGGAUUGAUGGGGAAUGAGACUGCUUUCGUUGGGGUGAUGUCAGGCUCCUCAGAGGAAAAGGUGCUCAUGUGUUUGGUGUGUGAGCGGGCUACUCUUUCAGUAGCACGCUUUACUACGUCAAUGACCGAAUCAACGUCUGAUAUACAAGAGAUUACUGGGCAAGUACCCUUCCUUGUCGUAUGUCUAUUUCUGAAUCGUCUUUG